GGGAAAGACCGCGAGAAGAGAUUUCGUUACGAAGGUUCGCUUCCUUCUCAGAGCGGGAGGUUUAGAACUCUUCUGUAUUCCCUCGUGUCGCCCAGCUGUAGACUGAUUAUUAUUUUUUUAAAUUUUUGCUUCUGAGGUGAAGGGGCGGCGGAAAUUGAACGGUUGCCAAUAGGGGUUGGCGUGGCUGGUCCGUCCUUCCCGGAUUUUCUCCUCUCCCUCACAACGGCGACUUAAAAAUCAAAUUAGACCACUGCCCAAAUGGAAACUGUGUUAAACAAGCCUGCAUCAAGAUGUUCCACCCCAGAGAACUGUGGGACACCUGCUCAAAACAGCAGCAGCUCUUCCUCAGAGAAACAGCUGAUGAGUACAACCCUUAGAGAACGGUUGAAGAAAGCAAGACGAUCAUUUUGUUCAACUUUUACUGUUGCAAAGCGUCUUAAAAUAGACAAAGAAAAGAAAAGUACUGUUUAUGAAGAUGGGAUUUUAUCUAAUGAAGAACCAUGUUCUGUGUCACAAGACAAUGAUAAAUGUUUGGGAAAAGUUCCUGCUGAACCCAUAUGUUUGAAAAGUGUUGUACAAGAGAAAGAGCUCUGUUUGUCUGUAGCUGCUGGAUGCAGUAAGACUUCACAGAAUUCUACAGAAGCUAAUUUGUUAGGAACAGAUUUCAGGCAACUGGAGCUAUUGGAUGAAAAGGUGACAUUAGUGAAGCAGAUUCAGGAAAAGGAGGAGCUCCUUCGAAGGUUGAAAUUGGUCAAGAUGUACAGAUCAAAGAAUAAUCCAACAGAAUUGCGGUCCUUGAUAUCAAAAUGGCGAAGCAGUUCCCAAGCAGUACUGUAUGAGUUGCAAUCAGCCUUAUCUACAGAUGGCAGGAAAUUAAGUAUCACCCAAUUAAUUGACAGUUUGGGACUGAAUGAUCAACUGUUACGUUAUGACAGAACAGAAGAAGACUUUGCAGAUGUGUGAAAUAAAUGUUUUAUAUCACUGUUAGAUGAACUUCUAAAUUGCAUCAGUGGACUGUUGUAAAAGCCACAUGGUUCUCAUGUGGAAAAGGCAAUGUCUUGUUUUUACUUCCUUUUUAAAACAUGAAAAGAAGCUCUCUUGUGUUGCUCUAAUUACAUAUUUUCAGGUGAUUAGGGCUAUCUUGUUAUGAAAUGACAGACAUGAAAAUGCUUUUGUUGUUCAUGUGUAAUGUAUGACAACUCCAGUCCACUAAGGGGGUCACACCUCUUGCAUUUCUUACUGAAGCAGUACAUGUUGAAUACAAAUGUAUGAGAUCACUUUGGUUUCCAAAUGAAUCUUCUGUUUCCCAUACAUUUGUUAAAAAGAGCACCGCUGAAAAUUAUUGGCAGGUGCAAUCCCUUUCUAGCAUAAUUUAAUAUUUUUUCUUCCUUUUCUCUCCCAUGAUUCAAACAUGGGCAGCAUAUUAAAUAAAUAAAGAACUCUUCCUGUGGAAAAUAAUGCUUGUGAGAGCAAUCUUUGUGGUUUCCCCCUUUCAACGGGGCUUUUGUGUGCUAGAUUUCACAAGCGGGAAAUCCCACAUGCAUGAUAGCCCUUGUGAUCCAUGUUUCUCCAAUAGGAAAAUGGCCAUAGGAAAUUGCUAAUAUGGAUGCCAAAACCAUAUUACUG